AGGAGCUACCAUUCCGUCGGGAAAUUGCACUUCGCGCUUUUCGGAAGCGGGGUUGGAAGGAGAAUAAUUAAAUACAUAAGAACAAUCAACAGUCUGCGAGACCGUCGGGCCGACGUUUGUCACUACCGGAUUUCCAAACGAAGAUGCAAAGCUUGAAGCAACAGGACUAUUAUAGACCAUGUACUUUCGGCUCUUUGCCGGGAAUGGUGUUUCCGGAUCCGUCAUAUGCAAAAACUGCAUGGACGCCUCAACCCAGCCCACAGAACCAAACAUCAUACUACCCCCACAAUGGACUCCCCCCGAUCGCCAAGUCGCCCCUGGAUUCGACACACACACCGUGGCGGCCUCAGGGAAGCGGACAGAUUCAGCUAUGGCAGUUUUUGUUGGAGUUACUGUCAGACAGCGGUAACGUGAGUUGUAUCACGUGGGAGGGGACGAACGGGGAGUUCAAACUCUCCGACCCUGACGAGGUGGCGCGGCGAUGGGGGGAGAGGAAGAGCAAACCCAACAUGAACUACGACAAACUGAGUCGCGCUCUGCGCUACUACUACGACAAGAACAUCAUGACCAAAGUGCACGGCAAGCGCUACGCCUACAAGUUCGACUUCGCCGGUCUGGCCCAGGCGAUGCAGCCCUCGAGUCCCGACCCAGCGGCUUAUAAGUACCAGCAAGACUACUUCAUGGCGUCCACGUCCAUCUACCACCACAACCCGAAGUUGAAUUUCAUGAACACGCAUGCUCCGAUGCCGCCAUCCACUUCCGGUUUCUUCGGUUCGUCGUCCAACUACUGGUCAACGCCGUCGGCCCCGCCGAACCUCUACCACCACAACAUCCACAACCACAGCAUGACGCACCACCCGUCGCAUAUGACGUCACACCUAGGACACUAUUACUCGUGAUCGCUCUGGGCACCAAGUUUAAUUAAAAUCGGAAGAUCUGAGCGGGGCCCCCUAGGCCAUCAACAUUCCCCCCGUGAUCAUCUCGGGUCUAAAAGACCUCACCGACUCUUGCCAAGAAAACAAAUUCAAACUUUCAAGAACGCCCGAUCGACCGGUGCUUAUCGGCAAAACAAAUUGAAUGGUCGGGGUCGCCAUAAUUAAUGGAAGGAAAUGUUAGCCGGGACUUAUACAGAUUAAAACGCACCAGAUCAAUACGUGAUUUUCUCCGAGCCCAUAUAUAAAGAGGCGAAACGACUGAUACCUAUCAGAAAUUACGGAAGAGCACGACAAGAAAAAUAUUCCGCAAUUAAUUUUGUUUUCCCUCGAUGUACUUGGGGCUGUCUUUUCUAUCUGGGAGUGUGGAAAAUUGGAUUUCCUAUCAGACCAGCGAUGCAUCGUGUACCGACACGACAGACUGACUAUUAUCGCCAUAUUAUCGCCAUCUUAAGUGCCUUGCUUGCUGAAAUAGGGACGAGUCAAGCGGCUGGGUUUGAUGGACGUAGUCUCGAAGACACUUGGGGUCGGUUGUGAUGGAUGGAGUAUAGAGACGCGUCGUGUAGUUAACACUCUUUGAAAUAGCGCAGGGCAAUUUAGGCGGACACUAUUCCAUGUCGUCUGUAAUAGUAAAACAUACUUCACAGUUCGAUGCGAUGAGAUCGACAAACGUGGUGGUGGGGAGGAAAAUAAACAUAGCGAUGAUACGUAGUAAUGAAUAUUCAUGUUAUGAUAAUGAGUCGAGAAACACAUUACUUGCUUUAUUUUGUUUAAUCAGAUAGGUAAAAAUAAUAAUUUUAUUUUGAUUUAAUUUCAGAGUUGAUAUUUAAACUAUCUAGUCACCAACGUCAGUGCUGUACCGAACACGAAACUGAACUGAAAUAAUGACAACAAGUCAAUGUUAACAAAGAUGUUGAUAAGUAAACAGAAAAAAACAAACACAAAUAAGGUAUUAUUAUUAGCUAGGGUCGGAGCUUAGCUCAGUGGUAGAGAGUUCGCUUGGAGUGCGACAGGUCAUAGGCUCGAUCGCCUUCAAUGGACUCGGUUAUUCCCGUCCCAAUCUGUGCUAUGCACGACUGGCACACCAAAGAACAUGGUAUGUGCUUUUCUGUCUGUUGAAAACAAUUUUUCUGUUUCGGUUUCCUAUUUAUAUCUUCAUCGACAAAGUGUCUAAAUAAUUAUGGUAAACAAUAAGUAGCGGUAGAUUUAAAUUUGGUGAAGUUUGGUUAAAUAAACAUUCCUUUCCUUUCCUUACAUGUCUCCUAGCAACGACGUCGGUAUGUGAAACACGAACAGAACAUAGCGCUCGGGUCGUGUUUUAGAGGAGAGCGAUGUUAUAUAGUCGAGCAGCAUUACAUUGAUAUUAGUUACAGGAACGCAGGCACGAGUUGUAUUCGUGUGAUCGUUCUGAAAUCAAAACAAAACUAUUAUGACAACCCAAGUGGUUUUACUGUGUAAAACAGUGUCCAGGGCAAAUAUGAACACACAUCAAAUGAAUCUUGUUCAUCAUAUUCCAAACAGUUUUCUUUCUUCUUUUUUCCCUGUUUUUGCUUUCUGUCUUUUUUCUUCUUCUUUUUUUUGUUGUUAUGUAUAGGAUGUCUUUAUCUGUAUAAUUUGUAACGUUGUCAGACAAACAGGUUUUUUUUAAUUAUCAAGCUACAGUAUUAAAACACUGAUUGUAUUUACAUACAAAAUUAAUAUAAUAAUUAUUAAUAAAGAAAAUAAUUAGUUUUAAUACCAAAUUUCAGUUUUAUAAAGUAAUAAAUAUAACGAUAAUACAAAUUAUUGUAAAAAUUAAUAGUGAUGUAGUUACAAUGUAACUUCGUUUUUUUUUGUAAAAAAUAAAAUAAAAUAAAAAAAUAAAAAAAUAAAAAUGACCAAGACCCAAGACACGAUAUUGUCAAACACAAGUAGAAAGACAUAAUUAAUUGAUAAAUGUGUUUUAUGGUCUUUAAGAACAAAUGGACUGGACACAAGUAUUCAACAUACAGACUUUCUCCAUAAUAAAUAUAUUAUCGGCGACAAUAAUAUAUGUACACUGAACAACAAAAGAUACGCACAUAUUAAAUUAAUUGUCCUUAAUUUAUUCAAAAUGUUUCAGAAAGAAUCCCAUUUAAUUAAGUUUUGGUCUAUUAAAGGGACAUACCCUAGUUUUUAAACACUGAAGGCAUAUUUGUCACUGUUAGAGCCAUUUAUGAUCGCUGAAAUCAAUCAUUACUUAUAUUUUGAAAACGCACGUGCGUCUGAGAAGUAACGGUUAUGGAGUCGUAUUUUAGUGUAUUUGUAAGAGUAUUUUCAACGUCGCAGACUCGUUGCACUCUGUUGUAUCCACAUUUGUCACAGGUUUGUAAAUUAACCAAACUUAGUGUCCAUUUAUACAGGAUGAAACUAGGGUCCAGGUGAAAAAUAUGCCUUAGUGUUUAAAAACUAGGGUCUGUCACUUUAAAGUUGUCAAUGUCCUGCAAACAUUUUAAAACCAUUUUGACGAUCUGUUUGCUGAAUUAAAGUUUACCGAGAAAAAUAUAAAUAUUAAAAUAUGUGCGUUUCGUUUGUUGUUUAGUAUAUAUUUUUUAGAAUUUGAAAUGAGAACAGAAUGGAAUAUGACGAAAGUGUGUAAUAUACUGAUGUCACGGACAGUGAGUUUAUUUACCCCACAGACUGCAUCAAGUGCGCGGUGUCAUAAAAUAUAUGUACAUACAGAUGUUGAUAUCAAAUACAUGUUGUA